GCUCUCAAGUCUCAGGCUCCCAACGUAUGAGCAAAAACCCUAUAAACCCUAAAUAAAGCUUAAAUUUCCGAACUUGUAGAAGAAAACCCCAAAUUGGAUAAGUUUUAAUUCGGGAAAAUAAAGAGAAAUGGAAGUAGAAGCAGCCGCUGCAGGAGUAGCUAUGGAAGAAGAAAGAGAGCUGAGCAACCGGGUAAUGUGUCAGCUGCAGGACUCAGAAGGUACACCUCUCGGAGCACCGAUUUUUCUCCCGGAAAGCGCUGGCCCUAAGGAGCUGCAACAACUGGUCAAUAAACUCCUCAACAACGAGGAAAAAUUGCCUUAUGCAUUUUAUGUAUCAGACAAUGAGCUUGUUGUGCAGCUUGGGUCAUACCUUCAGAAGAAUAAGGUGUCUGUGGAGAAGGUUAUCAAAAUAGUUUACCAGCCCCAAGCUGUAUUCAGAAUACGCCCAGUAACACGCUGUUCUUCAACUAUUGCUGGUCAUACAGAGGCUGUGCUUUCAGUUGCCUUUAGUCCUGAUGGACGUCACUUGGCUAGUGGAUCGGGUGACACAACUGUUCGUUUAUGGGAUCUAAAUACACAAACACCAUUGUUCACCUGUAAAGGACACAAGAACUGGGUUCUUUCUAUUGCAUGGUCGCCGGAUGGUAAGCAUCUUGUUAGUGGAAGCAAGGCUGGUGAGCUUAUAUGCUGGGAGCCGCAGACUGGGAAGCCAUCUGGCAAUCCACUUGUUGGCCACAAGAAAUGGGUAACUGGAAUUUCAUGGGAGCCUGUCCAUCUUAGUGCUCCAUGUCGCCGGUUUGUCAGUGCCAGUAAAGAUGGUGAUGCAAGGAUAUGGGAUGUUACAUUAAGAAAAUGUGUCAUAUGUCUAACUGGACACACACUUGCCAUAACUUGUGUGAAGUGGGGUGGAGAUGGAGUCAUAUAUACUGGGUCUCAGGAUUGUACAAUUAAAAUGUGGGAAACUUCACAAGGGAAACUAAUACGUGAAUUGAAGGGCCAUGGUCAUUGGGUCAAUUCGUUGGCAUUGAGUACUGAAUAUGUACUCCGCACUGGUGCCUUUGACCACACUGGUAAACAGUAUUCAUCUCCAGAGGAAAUGAAGAAGGUAGCUUUGGAAAGGUACAAUAAGAUGAAGGGGAGUGCUCCUGAGAGAUUGGUCUCAGGUUCAGAUGAUUUUACCAUGUUCCUAUGGGAACCUGCUGUCAGCAAACACCCGAAAACGCGUAUGACUGGUCAUCAGCAGCUUGUCAAUCAUGUAUAUUUUUCUCCUGAUGGGCUAUGGAUUGCCAGUGCCUCCUUUGACAAGUCGGUCAAGUUAUGGAAUGGAACCACUGGAAACUUUGUGGCUGCUUUCCGUGGUCAUGUGGGGCCUGUUUAUCAAAUAAGCUGGUCAGCAGACAGUAGGCUGCUUUUGAGUGGGAGCAAAGACUCAACUUUAAAGGUUUGGGAUAUCCGGACACAGAAGUUGAAACAAGAUCUUCCAGGGCAUGCAGAUGAAGUUUUUGCAGUUGACUGGAGUCCAGAUGGUGAGAAAGUAGCAUCUGGUGGCAAGGAUAAAGUGUUGAAGUUAUGGAUGGGCUAGAAAUCACCAUGUGGAAGUAAAGACUUUGAAGGCUGAAGGCUUGUACAGCUUAUACACUGCCAGUUUAUGGAAAAGAAUUCUCAGAUUGCGCGUGGGGAUAUGAACAUAGUUUACUAAAAUAUGAGGUCUUGCAUUCAUUUGGUCUAGGUCAUUCAGCUAUCGCACCAUGCUAUGCUCUGAUGGUUUCUCCAUACAAUUACAGCAAAGCUCUCCAAAUUAAUAGUGUUGGCAGGUCAAGUUACUAUAUUGUAAGUUUCAUUUUUGGCCCAAUUCCAUUUAACCUCUUUUUCGAUUUUUUAUGGUGAAUGCCAUUUCACUUGCCUUCUUUUGAAAACCAGAUGUUUAGGUGUCUUGACUAGGCUGAAUUUCCUGUAUUUGGCACAUAAUCCAGUGUACUGCUCAAUUAUAUAGUCAGAAGAUUGUAUUUGGUGGUGAUUAUAAUAUCUCUGCCCACUUCUCA